CAAUCACAAAGCUGAUGAAGAAGGUGGGCGUCACCUACAAAACACCCUCAUCUAGCAGCUAGCUCAUGCUAGAAGAAAAAUCGAUAGGGGGUAUUUAAUAACGAAACCAAAUCGUUUGAGCAAAAUUGAGAGAACAAUAUUCUCCUGCAGGAGAUUUACCUGCAAACCUUCAAGCUUCCAAUGGCUACUGACAUGCCCACGGACAUGGAGUCGGCCCCAAACCCUGCCCCAUCCUCAGCCUCCGAUCCGGCCCCAGCCUCUCCUCCUGCUCUGGACUCCGCUGCAGCCCAAGACCAGAGUCCUACCCAGGAGCCAGCAAUCACUGAAACUCCUGAUGUUGUGACUUCAGAACAAAAUGUUAGUCCACAUUCCCCCCCGGUUCCGCCCAUAGACCCGGGAGCGACAUCAGUUCCUGUCCCUGGUUCUGAGCCAUCCCAGGUUCCUCUGCCAGCACCGUUGCCUCCAAAUGCUGCCAAGAACCCAAGCUGUAAGAUCAUGACCUUCCGGCCCACCAUGGAGGAGUUUAAGGACUUUGCAAAAUAUAUUGUCUACAUGGAGAGUCAAGGAGCUCAUCGUGCUGGCCUGGCUAAGGUGAUUCCUCCCGAGGGCUGGAAACCACGCAAGUGCUACGACACCAUCGAGGACAUGGUGAUCCCAGCACCCAUCAGUCAGGUGGUGACUGGUCAGUCAGGCCUGUUUACCCAGUACAACAUUCAGAAGAAAUCCAUGACUGUUGGUGAAUUCCGCAAGCUGGCCAACAGCAAGAAGUAUUGCACACCUCGCCACAAAGACUUUGAUGAUCUAGAGAGGAAGUACUGGAAGAACCUGACGUUUGUGUCGCCCAUUUAUGGGGCUGAUGUUAGCGGCUCUAUCUAUGACGAAAACAUCCAAGAGUGGAACAUUGGCCAUCUCAACACGCUGCUGGAUAUGGUGGAGCAGGAGUGCGGCAUUGUGAUCGAAGGUGUCAACACGCCAUACCUGUAUUUCGGCAUGUGGAAAACCACCUUUGCCUGGCACACGGAGGACAUGGACCUCUACAGUAUCAACUAUCUACACUUUGGGCAGCCCAAGUCUUGGUACACUAUCCCACCUGAGCACGGCAAGAGGCUGGAGAGGCUGGCACAAGGUUUUUUCCCCGGCAGCUGCCAGGGCUGUGACGCCUUCCUCCGCCACAAAAUGACGCUGAUAUCGCCGUCCAUCCUGAAGAAAUACGGCAUUCCGUUUGACAGAAUCACUCAGAAUGAAGGCGAGUUCAUGAUCACGUUUCCAUAUGGCUACCAUGCUGGCUUCAACCACGGCUUCAACUGUGCAGAAUCCACAAACUUUGCCACACUGCGCUGGGUGGACUACGGCAAGAAUGCAACUCUGUGUUCCUGCCGAAAGGACAUGGUGAAGAUCUCGAUGGACGUGUUUGUGCGCUCCCUACAACCGGAUCGCUAUGACCUUUGGAAGCAAGGCAAAGACACUACAGUGUUGGACCACCUAAAGCCCACGGAGCUGACCAGUCCUGAACUAGAGCUCUGGAGGCAGCAUCGGGUCACCUACCGGCAAAAUCUCCUGCAAAGAGCAAUGCGCAAGAUGAGGCAGGUUCGCCGUCUGAAGAUAGAGGAGGUGAAGGUGCUGGCAGAGGAGGGAAUAGAGCUGAACGCUGCUAAUUACCAGCGUCAGGUGGAGGAACGCGAGGCUAGGCGCAAGAAGGAGAAGGAGGAGCGUUUAGCCAGAGAGGCCAUGAUGACCCUGGAGGCUAUGGAGCGUGAGGAACAAGAGGCUGCAGCAAAAGCAGCAGAGAACCCCUGGGCAAAAGAACCAGAAGUCAAAACACAGAACUUAACCGAAGACAUUGAGAAAAAGAAGCAGAAAAACCUGAAGAGAAUGUCCAACACCUUCUUGUCGGGAUUCGAAGAAGCAUUUGAGCAGUUUGCUACUGGUGGUGUCGAAAGUUCAAAGAGCAUGGCUAUCGACAGCCUACCUCCAGUACACAAGGAGGUCCCAGCAAACACAAAACUGGACACAGCCACCCCCCAGUCGAGUUACUCCAAGAUGAAAAUGCCAACAGAGGUGAAGAAGAGCCGGCGCCACCCGCUCAGCAAGCCGCCCACGCGCACCCCUCUAUCAAUCGUCAAGCAUGACCCGACCGCCGAGAAAGACAUGGCUUCUCCAAUGACGAUGGACAGCGACAUGAAGAAACAGGAGCACCUGUGGCAGAAUCAGUCCCCUAACUUCUUGGCAGAGAUAUCCUUCAACGCUGCGGUGGCUAGCCUUCAGCCCUACUGUGCUGUCUGCUCAAUUUUCUGUCCUUACACAAAGUCCUGGAAGGACCGUGCCAUCGCAGCUGAUGCCUCGGACGCCGUCCCGCCGCCUCGGCACGGCAGCUUCACUUGCCCUCUGGUCCCAGAGAUGUGCUUCAGUGUUGGAGCCGGAAACACAGAGCCACCGCCAUCCAACUGUCUCAUUGGAGAAGACGGGACCAGUCUUCUGAUCUGCUGUAAAGACUGUAACCUGCAGGUUCAUGCCAGUUGCUAUGGUGUGAACCCCGACUCUGUCAGAGGCCGCUGGGCGUGCUCCAGGUGUGCAGCUGGAGCCUGGACAAUGGCGUGUUGUCUCUGUAACCUAAGAGGAGGAGCUUUGAAGCUUACCACUGACAACAGGUGGGUCCACGUCAUCUGUGCCAUCGGAGUGGCAGAAGCUCGCUUUGUCAACGCCAUCAAGAGGGAACCGGUGGAUGUGAGCGCUGUCCCAGAAACCCGUAAGAAUCUGAAAUGUGUGUUCUGCCACACAAAGAGCCCAAGCCAGAAUCGUGGCGCCUGCAUCCAGUGCACAUACGAGAACUGCGCCACUUCCUUUCACGCCACGUGUGCUCAGAUUGCUGGGGUGAUCAUGAAACCUGCAGACUGGCCCUAUGUGGUGUCCGUCACCUGCCACAAGCACCAAAAAAGUCCCACCCACAGGGCUCCCAUUCAAAAAGUUCCUACACAGAAGGUUCCUACCCAGAUGGCACACACUCAGAAAGUUCCCACCCAAAAGGUUCCUAUCCAAAUGGAACCCAUCAAGAUGGGAGCCACUCAGAAAGUUCCUACCCAGAUGGUACCCAUCCAAAAGGUUCCCGCCCAGAAGGUUCCGACUCAGACUGAACCUAUCCAGAUGGCACUCACUCAGAAGGAUCCUAUCCAGAAGGUUCUUACCCAGAAGGUUCCUACGCAAAAGGUUCCCAUCCAGAGGGUUCCCACCCAGAAGGUUCCUACCCAGAUGGGACCCACCCAGAAGGUUCCUACUCAGAAGGUUCCCACCCAGAAGGUUGUCCCCCAGAAGAUUCCCAUUCAAAAGGUUCCCACCCAAAAGAUUCCCACUCAAAAGGUUCCCACCCAAAAGAUUCCCACUCAAAAGGUUCCCAUCCAGAAGAUUCCCACUCAAAAGGUUCCCAUCCAGAAGGUUCCCACUCAAAAGGUUCCCAUCCAGAAGGUUCCCACUCAGAAGGUUCCCAUCCAGAAGGUUCCUACUCAGAUGGGAUCGACUCAGAAAGUUUCCACCCAGAAGCUUCGAGCGGCACCUAAAGCCCCUCCAGUUCUGGACCUGGGCCAGAAGGCAAUUGGCCGUAACGUUGACGGUUGGUUCUACCACUGUACCAUCAUCGGCAUGGCAACGCAGACAUUCUAUGAGGUCAAUUUUGAUGAAGGCUCCUACUGUGACAACGUGCACCCAGAAAAUAUCACUAGUCACGACUGCCUACGUAGCGGUCCUCCUGAUUUGGGGGAGGCGAUCGUGGUCAGCACACCUGAUGGACAGAUCCUCAGUGCCACCUUUAUCAAAGAGCACACACACAAGCUCUACCAGGUGGAGUUCCAGGACCAAAGCCAGCUGAUGCUGAAACAUUCAGAGAUCUAUCACCUGGACCACGAGCUACCCAAAAGGGUCAGAAAUCGACUGGCCAUACCUGCACCACAGGAGGUUUCCUCAGCAGAUGAAGCCCAAGCAGCUAAACGCCCCCGCCUGCCCGCCAGUUCAGCUCUUCCACAAACCCCAGCACUGUCACCGGAGCAUCAAAGUGUUAGCAGCCAGCCAAACGCCGGUCCUCCGCCCCAGCCUGCCAUGACCAACCAGGAAACCCCCACUCCUUUCAGCAACAUUCAAAUGGAAACCGAGACCCCAAUGGACACAAGUGACCCCCUCACCAGCACUCUCACAGAGUCACCUCUGGUCUCCGACCCCUCGCUGACGCCACAGUCCACGCCCUUUCAGGCUACUUUGAACUCUGACCCCCUUCUCUCCACCCCGUCCCCACCGCCUCCCCCCACACACAUGUCAGACAGCUACAUGCCCAGCAGCGGCUACGUCUCCUACAUGGAGACGCUCCUCCAUUCACAUUUUCCUCAGGACGAUGGCCCCGGCCCCCUGUAUUAAACCCACCCCCACCGUGUUAUUACACAGCCGGCGGAGGCUGACCCACAGGAAGUAAGCUACGGGGGGUGGGGGGUGAGGGGCUCUGAGUGCCGUAUUAAUGGACAAACAUUUCCUCCUGUUGGCGGGAAAAUGGAAGAGACUGAGUCAGCACUCUUUUAAUGCAUGUUACUUUUCUACUUUUGAGUUGAUGUAUUUGCAGUGGCGCUUAGCAGCAGCUUAAAAGCUGAUCCUGUUUUAUAAUUAUUUUGGACUGAAUUAAUAUUAGCGUUUUUCUUUAAAAAUAUUUGUUGCUUUUUGUUUUGCCAGCUACUGCUGUGGGUUUAAUUCUUUUGUUUAGCUUCUUCCUAAUAUAAAUUCUCUGGGUGGUAUCAACCUCAUACCUCGUCGUGUUUGCUCCGUAACGGCACACUCCCAUGUUGUUGUUUUUUUAGUUAUUUAAUUGGAAAUGUGACGGCCUCUGUGGAACAAGGCUGUGGCGGACUUAUACACUUAACUCAAUUAACCAGCAACAAGAUAUUUAUUUUUAAUCCAGCCGGUUGUGGCUUUGGAACUGAAAUCACCACGUUAUCCAUUUGCACCACACUGUCACUAAGGUGUGGGUUUUUUAGGGAGAGGUACGAGGUAAAAGGGUUGAGUAAAAAAGAAAUGUAUUGUAGCGGGAACUCAGUAUUUAAAUGUCUUAGUCAAAUAUUGAAAGAGUUAUUUGUAAUAGAGCAAAUGUGUUGAAUGCAAACAUUAGUAGAUUUGUCUCAAGGAUGCAUUAAAGUUUUGUGUCAAAGUAGUUAACGGGGGACACUUUUAUGUAUUCACGUUGUUUGGCGGCUCCACUUUUUACACCAGAACUGUCUCAGGGUUCCUACGUGAGAGAAAUCCGUUUUAAAAACCACGUCUUCGAGGACGAUGAGGGAAUGUGUCCUCACUCGUAAUUGACUCGUGGAUUCCUUUAAUUUGCUCACAGUUCCACCGGUUGUCCACGAUGAAGCGACGUCUCGGAUUUUUUGGUCACGUAUCUCCUAAAGACACUUAAAGGUAGCUAAAGUAGGGAUUUUCUUUUUUAAAGGAACAAGAAAUUGUUUUCAAUAAGGAAAAUUGUGUAGGAACCUUAAAACCUGAAUUUGGAAUUAAUGUAAACAUUUAUAUUGUAACUCUUUGUGUAAGGCAGGUGUGCCCAACCCUGGUCCUCGAGAUCCCCUAUCUAACAUGUUUUAGAAGUUUCCCCUGUUUCAACACGCCUGAUUGGAGUCAGUGGUGAUUAGCAUUUUUCUACAGAGCCUGAUUAGCUGUUGAACAGGUGAUUCAGCCACUGAAUCAUCAGGGUGAGACACAAAACAAGCUGGAUAGGGGAUCUUGAGGACCAGGGUUGGCCACACCUGGUGUAAUGUAUGUUUUGUUUUCCUAUUCUUGUUAUUUUCCUGAACUGAAUCCACAAACCUGGCCCACAGAAAAUCUGAAUCUUUUUCUUUUUGGCUGAAGUUUAAAAAUUUUGCUUACAUUUUCUUUGAUAACUUGGUUAUCCUUUUUUAAAAACUAUAUAAACUUUCUGUUCUAAAUAGGUGCUACAAAGUUAUUAAACUACUCAUCAACUGCUUUUCUUUGUACAUAUUGCAGGCCUUGUGUUGGGAUUCAUCUUUGUAAAUGUCAGGCUAUUCCCCCUUUUCCUGUCAAAUGAAAUUAGAUAUGUCCAUGUUUCUAAAUGAUAUCUGUUGGAAAAAAGUGAAAUAAGGAUUAAAGUGGGUUAUUGGUCGCCAA